AUGGAGACUUUGGGUAUAGCAUGUUGGGACUUUGCAUACCCUGGCGGAAGAUGCGCAGGGACGGCGUCCAGGUCAAAUGGCAGCAACGGUAACAGGAGGUGGAACUGCAUCGUGGCUCCGUCGUCGGUGCAACAACAACGGUCUCUGGCAGGCAGGCAAGGGUUGGUUCGUGGUUCGGUUUCUCGGCGGCCGCAGACGCAGCAGCAGCGGCACAUGUCACGGACACCGUCACGAAACCAAGUGGUCGUAGAGAAGGGUGAUGGUGUUGGAGAUAUCGCCGACAAGACGGAAACCAGACCUGCGCACCGACACCGGUCCGAGAUCGACGACAGCAAUGACGGCAGCUCUGACCAGAGGAACACGAAUAUACCGUCCCCAUCCACAGGAAUAGAUCAAGCUCGAUUGCGAUCUCCUCACUGCGGCACAGUCCAAGACAGAACCCAGGGCGGCGACCAAAGGGAUCAGGAUCAAAUAUCAGCAUCAGCAUCAGCAUCAGCAUCAGCAUCCUCAUCGCCGGACUCCCGGCCGGACUCCCAUGUCCGUCAGGGGCUGCUACCACCAAGAAGUCAAGGUAGUCACCAUCAUCACCAUCACCACCACCACCGUCAUUAUCAUUACAAUCCGAGCUUCGAGCGACAUCAGGGUGGUCAAGACCAACAUCAACGCAGACAUCAGGAGCAGCGCCGCGACAGCGCCGCUUCGUCCUCACCAUCGACCCUAUCCUCACCUUCAUCCUCCGAGAGCAAAACCUACCUCCUCUCAUCUCCUACGGUGUCGACGAUUCUCCAUCCUCAAACGCACGUUACCAUCUCGAGUCUUCUUCUAACCCCCAACACCCAGCUCAUCUAUCUCGUCCCCCAGACCCACGUCAUGAGCCAUGGUAUCUGUGAAAUUUCCCGCCUCCCCCGGGCCGAGGGAAGUGAUAUCCAAGUCUUGCCUGUUCCGGAGAAGUUCGAAAUGAAAGCAACGAAGGCGAAGAAGGCGAAGACGACGCCUAUUGGUUUCGCUACUGCUCCGGAGCCAGAGGCGGCAAGAAACACCAACUUCAGAAACAUCCUUCCUCCAGGUACUACUCCUCAUGCCGCUUCCGCCGCCGCCGCCGCCGCCGCUGCUGCUGCUGCUCCUCGCGGUGUCAGAACCGGACCCAGGAUGUUGAAUUCGGACGGCGGAAAGCGACAACCCUCAGAGUCGACUUGUAGUUGCAGAUCACCAUACCUCCGCCAUCCGCGGGACCAGAUAGGUUCGGGAAACAACCGGGGCAACGACGAAGAAGACGAUGAUGAUGAUGAUGACAAGGCCGAAUCCGAGCGGACUGAAAGAGAAACAGAACCGACAGCGAUCAAGACAGCCUUCACCGGCAGUCCUACUACUCAGGGUGCAUCCGCUGAGCCAAGGAGGACAAGUAGUCCACCGGCCGAAAAUCAUCAUCAGACAAAUCAAACUACGACAAAAUCAACAACCACGGCUUACUCUCGGUUCCUGGCAUGUCGUCUCGAGUUGAAAAAGGCACAGGCACAAGCACAAGCACAAGCACAGGCCGAACUCUACUGUGACUCGUGUGCGGUUGAAAGCGAAUCCGAGAUCGAGGCUGCCGGCCCUACUGUUAACAAAACAGUGACGGUACAAGAGCCACCAAUACCAAGACCAAGACCAUCAGAAGCUGCCACUGCAUCAGAGCCAGAAUCAGAGCUAUCACCGGCAACGUCAACACCAGAAGAAACAGAAGAUCAAGCCGUCAAUGAAGUCGUACGCAAAAUCCUCCGCUACACAAAGGUCAGAAAGUUCGAUGGAUUUUUGCCGUUGCCCUUUCAGCACGAUAGGGCGAGUUGGCUGUUUUUGGAACGUGUGGGACGGGAUGUGAUGACCCGUUAA